CAAGUGGAGCGGUGGAACUGGAAACAAACGUUGUGGCAAGACGCAACAAUAGCGUUAGCAGAAGAGAGCCAAAUCCGUCUUUUGACUCAUAAGUAACCAACCGCUUCUUUCAAUCAACUGAAAGUCUUUAUGUUUUCUUAAGGUUCUAAUUUAUAAUAUGGGAGUGGAGGAGAACACCCCUAACUCCAUUUCCACCUCACAAUGCCACGAAGAACAAAGCAACAACAAAAUCAACACGCAUGUGCUCUUGAAUGUCUACGAUCUCACCCCUGUCAAUAAUUACGUCUACUGGUUUGGAUUUGGCAUCUUUCACUCUGGCAUUGAAGUACAUGGUAAGGAGUAUGGUUUUGGAGCCCAUGACUUCCCAGCUAGUGGAGUUUUUGAAGUGGAGCCAAGGAAAUGCCCUGGAUUCAUAUAUAGAUGUUCCAUCUCUUUGGGUCAAACCAAUAUGAAUCCUUCUGAAUUUCGUACAUUUAUUGAAAACAUGGCUUCUGAGUAUCAUGGAGAUACCUAUCACCUUAUAACUAAGAACUGCAAUCAUUUUACAGACGAUCUCUCUUAUAGAUUGACUGGGAAACAAAUCCCAGGUUGGGUGAAUCGGCUUGCUAAGCUAGGUGCUUUGUGCAGCUGUCUACUUCCUGAAAGUCUUCAAGUAACAAGUGUUAAACAGCUACCUGAAUACCAUGAAUGCUCGGAAGAUGAAUUUGUUGAAUCUCUUUCACCUGCCACACCCCGUGAGUCAACAGAAAUAGAUGAGGAGCAAGAAAAGCACCUUCUUUUGCCAUCAGAUAGAACUGAGGAUGUUCAUUUCGUUAAAGAGACGCAAGUGAAAUAAGCGGUGUCUUUGAGGUGAGAAAUAACACAGGCUGUCUUCGCUUUGAAUAUUUAUCCAUUUGAUUUGCAGUGAUUCUUUUUUCUCAAAGUUUUCUCAUUCUUCCAUGGCUUUCUACAUUCUCUUGGGUUUGGGUUCAUUCAUGGAAACUGAAGAAUCCAUUGUUUUGUUGUGUAUAAAAGGUUCUCAAAUGAGGCUAAUUUGUUUGUGUAAUAUUAUUUUUAUUUUUUUUGAGGGAUGGAAAGUGGGGCGAGGUUUGAGGCUCACAAGUAUUUGUCAUGUAAAAUUGUAAAUGACAUCAGACAUCCACGUUUGAAACUGUUUUAAGUUAUGAAAUAUUAGCCAGUUUGUUUGAGGACAUGAUGUAAAAAACAUCUUCCCGUUAGACAAUGAGUGUUCAAUGUUGUUUGAUGAA